AUGUCUAGCAACAUCUUUGGCACGCUCCAACACGUUACACACCGCAAGCUGGCCAACCUGCAGGUACAGAGGGAUCGCUUGACCCGUCUACGCGCCGAAGCCCAAGCAGCAAGCGCAUCAGACCCCACGCCCUCGAACACGCUCGAGGCACUCUUGGCCAUCUUUGACAAGUUGGGUGAAAGUGAGACUCGCUUGGAAUCCCCGUUCCACGUGAACCUAUCGCCUAAGCUCAUCGCCGAGCUAAAUCAACAGGCUACGUACGACCGCACCAUCACAGCCUCCAUGAUCCAGGGAUGGUGCACACUUUUGAACCGUGUACUGGACCAACGCGUUCGGCAGAUCAACCAUGCCAUGCUCUAUGGUCAUCUGGUGACCGAAUGGGUGCACGACCACAAGCAAAAGCAAGAAGCUGCCGAUAUGGCUGACACAACCUCACGUGAAGCGUUGCACCAGCAGCGACGAGACUGGGAAGCCUUGGCUUUCCGCCAGGAUCCCGUCGACGCCGAAAGGCUCAACGCUUUCCUCGCCAAAACGUUCGCUUCCGCCUUGGAGCCACUCAGGCUGGGCUCUCUUUCUGCCCUGGAGCAAUUCAGGAACAAGAUCGAGUAUCAUAGUCAGAACUUUGACCGCUUUGACGAGGACGCUGUCCGAAAGGCCAUCAGUGAAGUGCUAUCUAACGAUCUCUACGCAGGUGACAAGCGUGCCAACUUGCGUGAUCUCAAAGCUCACAAGAGUGUCCUGCGCGAGAUUGCAGACAUCCUCAACCAGGAUCUCGAAAACCUCGAGUCGUGGCAAUGGGCCGACGGCGGUGUGCAGCUGUCCAUGCGGCGGCAUAUCAAUGGCAAGUACCGCGUCUACAUGGAUGAGGAAGUCUACCAGGCCAUCUUCCUGGCCCACAUUGGUAGUACCUGGUCCAACAGCUUCCACGGAGCCUUUGGACAGUUCUUCGAGGACACCUGGAAGCACGGAGCCGGUCGUAAACCCACCAAGGAACAGCAACGCUUUCGCACGAAAAAAUUUCAUCAGGUGAGCGAGAGCAUCGAGGCAGAGCGUUCCGCUAGCCUCAACAACCUGCGAAGGGAGCAGUACAAGGACAAGUUCUGGUUGUCGGCCAUCUCGCCUAUCGCUCGCAGAUCGUUGGCCAGGGGCUACGAGGGCGACGGCGACGGCGACGACAGCUACCCACUUUCCUUUGUCGACAUCAAGCAGCAGCUCUUACGCAUGAUCACCGCCGAACAGCUGAUUCAAUGCGACCUUUAUGGCCAGUUUACUGUCCUGCAAUCCGAUUUCCGCUGGUUUGGACCUUCCUUGUCGCACACAACCAUUUUGACCGUGCUCAAGUUCUUUGGCUUACCGACGAAAUGGUUGGACUUCUUUGCCAAGUUCCUCUCGCCCUCCAUCUCGUUUGCUUCCGAUGGCAGUCAAGCGCAGCGACGCAGAAGAACCUGUGGUACCCCUAUUGCGCACCAACUCAGCUCCCUGUUCGGCGAGGUGGUCAUGAUCGCCUUGGACUUUGCUGUGAACCAGGCGACCGACGGAGGCUACCUCUACCGGAUUCACGAUGACCUGUGGUUUUGGGGCCAGCAGGACCAGUGCGCCGUGGCAUGGGAAACCUUGCAGAAGUUCAGUGCAGAGACAGGCCUCGAGCUAAACAUGGACAAAACGGCCGCUUGUACGCUGGAGGGUUCGCAGGCUCCAGUUCUCAAGGACAAAGCGCAAGAGAUCCCUGCACCUGGCAAGACGGACCCCAUCCUACCUUGGGGUCCUAUACGCUGGGGGUUCCUCGUGCUGUCGGCAGACGAGGGCCAUUGGGACAUCGACCAGACACAGCUCGAGGAGCACAUCGACGAAAUGCGCGUGCAGCUCGAUGCCACUGGCAGCCUCAUGUCUUGGGUACGGGUGUGGAACAGCUACAUGAACAGCUUUUUCGUCAACAACUUUGGCAAGCCAGCACAGUGUCUUGGCCGAGAGCACAUCCGUAUCUGCAUGCGAGCCUUCGAGACGGUCCAGCAACGUCUCUUACAGGCUGACGGAGGACGCCAUGCGAACUUGACCGACACGGUAGCCGCCAUGAUCCAAGAGCGCUUCGGUGAGGAGGAGCAGAGUGUGCAGGCCAGCCUGAUCUACUUUCCAGCCGAGCUGGGCGGCCUUGCGGUUCAGAAUCCACUGAUGGAGCUCAACACCAAGUUGCUCGUCAAGAAACAGGACAGCCCACAAGAGGUAGUGCAGAAGGCAUGGCGCGGAGCGCACGAAAGACUCGAUCGAUUGAUCGAGAGAUGGGACAACGCCAUGGUCCGGCGAAGACCGCGAGGCGACGAAUUCAACGCAGACAACGAGGAAACCUUUAUGACAUUCCAAGACUUCAUGGCCAAUGCCGAAGAGACGGAACCUGAGCUUUCCAAGGCCUACAAGACGCUGCUGAAGGACCUCAAGGGCAACGAAGAGGGAAUAUUGCACUACCUCAUCUUCGAUGAACAAAGUGUUGACGGCGCACAAGCAUACAAGCAAGCGGCUACCAAGUCCCGUACACCCUUUUACUGGAAGCGCAUCGUACAGCUCUACGGUGCCGAGACGUUGGACUACUAUGGCUCUCUGGUCAUGUCGCAGGCUGGCGCACUGCCGAUGGGCGUCAUCAGCUACCUUCCUUCGGAGAAGAUUCGGUGGCACAACUGA